AUGUUAAGAGCUAAAAAUAAUACAAAUUUUAAAGGCUAUUUAAAAUAUUUAGAAGAAGGAAAAGUUUAAAAUAGUACUGUUUGUAUUUCCUAAGCCGAAAAUUUUAAAUUACAAAUAAAUUAUUCUUGUUUAUUAAAAGACUUCGUAGAGAAAAAAAUAAAACCAAUAAUUGUUGUUCCUUCAAUGGGUAGAUCAGGAAAUAUUUCACUUUAUAACUCAAAAUAAUUUAUAUCUGAUGGAAAUUACGUUGAUUCUGAAAAUAAAUACUACGAUGGUGUAGAAAGAACAAUCUAAAUCGAAAAAGAUAUAAAAGGAUAUAAAUUUACAUUUGAAAUAUACGAUAAUGUAGGUACAUUCGAACGCAGAAAUAAUAACAAAGGUAAAUGGGAUAGAGUUGUAGCUGUAUUUGUUACAGGUUAAAAAUAUUAAUUUAAAUCUUGGCCUUUAGAAAAUAAUAUUCCUACAUAAUUGGAUUAAAUAAGAGGAUUCUAUUUAAGAUAUUCUGAAUAACCUAUACCUGAAUAAGUAGGGAAUUGGAAUGUAAAAGUACUUGAUAUUUUUAGACAUAAAAGACAUUUAGAUAAGGCUGCGCAUGAUUUAUUUUGGAUUGAAUUAGAAAAUUUUUUAACUUAACCAAGAAUUUAAAAAGAUUAAAAAUGA